UGCCUGUGGGUCUAGUGUGGGGCUUAGCCAGGGUUGGCUUCCAGCUGACAGUAGGAGGAAUUAAUUCAUUUGACCGAAAUAUUCUUUUCUCUUCUGGGCUGUUGGUUCUUCAAGUGCAACAAAGAUUCAACACAGCUCCAAGGAAGGAGCCAAGAAGAACAUUCCGCGCCAAAGUGAGACCCCAGAAGUGAAACCCCAGAACAAAGCUGAACAAUGGGCUCCAGUUGGGUGCCAGCAAACGUAGGACAGGAAUGUGACUUCCGGCAGCACACAGGUGCUCCCAGGUCACCUGCUUUGCGGUCCAGCCUCCUGCUGAGUCACCUGCUUUGUGAUCCAGCUUCCUGCUCUGCCCCAGGUGACCACAUGACCACCGUGGACUUUGCCCUGAAAUCUUUUGGGAGGAGAAGAGGCCUGACCUUGGGGCUGAGGGCCAGCGGGCACUGCCCUGGUCCAAGGCUGCUGCUCUUGACCUCUGCUCUGAGGCUGUUUUCCACCGGAGCAGAGGCUCCUUCUGUCCUGCCUGUGGAGGGAAGCAAACCUUUCCCUGGGCCAGAGAGAGGAGAAAGGGGAGACAGGUAGCAACGCCGUGGACUGGUGAUGAUAGGCUCUUCAGCUCCCUGCAAGUGACUGGGCCUGGGGAACAGGGCAUGGCACAGGCACACAGGACCCCCCAGCCCAGGGCUGCCCCCAGCCAGCCCCGUGCAUUCAAGCUGGUUCUCCUGGGAAGUGGCUCCGUGGGUAAGUCCAGCUUGGCUCUUCGGUACGUGAAGAAUGACUUCAAGAAUAUCCUGCCUACGGUGGGCUGUGCGUUCUUCACAAAGGUGGUGGAUGUAGGCACCGCCUCUCUGAAGCUUGAGAUCUGGGACACAGCUGGCCAGGAGAAGUACCACAGUGUCUGCCACCUCUACUUCAGGGGCGCCAAUGCUGCGCUUCUGGUGUACGACAUCACCAGGAAGGAUUCCUUCCUCAAGGCUCAGCAGUGGCUGAAGGACCUGGAGAAGGAGCUGCACCCGGAAGAAGUCCUGGUGAUGCUGGUGGGCAACAAGACAGACCUCAGCGAGGAGCGGGAGGUGACCUUCCAGGAUGAAGACCAUAUAAACAGCUGCAGACAAGUGGCAGAUGGGGAGACCCCACACAUACUAGAGGCUGGCCCAGGGGAAGACCCAACUCAGGGAUUAGACCGACAGGCGCGCCUCCCAAAGAGAAAAGGCCCCAGCUUCAAUGGAGGCUGUGGAGAGAUGGAGAAGUGGGGUGAAGAUUUUGGAGAAUCUCAGGGGAGAGCAAGGGGAGCAAAGGGAGACAGCAUUGGUCUGGGCCUUCGUUGCAAAGUGGGGUGGGGGAGGAGAGGGUCCUGGCAACAGAGCUGUGUCCCCUGAGAGUGACUAGAUGUGCUGCGUGCUCAGGCAGGCACAGAAACACAGGUGCGAGGUUACUCAAGGCCUGGAGGGGCAGUGGGCGGCCACGGUGGGUUUGGAGCGUCUGUCUGGGGAGCUGGCUGAGGCGCACAGUGGGGACCAACACAGGGCCGGCCGAGGGAUCUCUGGGCCGGGACAGGAGUAGUGCAUUCAUGAUGGUGCGAGAGCUGUGGGUGUGACUGGCCACACCUGCUGCCAGCUCCGUGUCUGGCUGGACAGUCAGGAACCUGAGCUGUGCCCUCUGGGAUCCAUCACAGGCUCCUCUUCCUGGGAGAGUCCUGGAGGCUAGGGGAGGGGCCUGCACAGGAAGGCCCCCAUUCCUCGGCCACCCCUGACUCCUGGGCGAGGCUGUGGCCUUCCCAUGAUUGCUUCUCUCCUGGUCACCCGUUGCAAGCCUGCUAUUUUCCAGUUUGCCUUUGCUCUGGGACAUCCGUUUCUCCCCAAAGGAGAGCUGUGCUGGAAAAUGAGGGCUUCCCAGAAGAAGGGCCCAGGUGGGCGCUAUCCAGGGGCCUCCCUCUGCCUUUUCUGUUUCCUGGGUAUUCAGUUGGUUCUUUGCCCAGCAUCAAAGCCCACAGGUGCCAACAGGCAUGGUGGGAGGGGAGCCUGGGGGUGGGAACUUGGCUUUCCAGGUGCUGCAGGAGGAGGAAGGCCGUCCCCAGCCAGCUAGAAGGAGAGCCUCUACCAGGGAGCACACCCUGCCCCUCCCCGGCCCUGGCUGUCCAGGAGUGCGAGAAACACAACUUGGACGUGAAACGCGGAGGAGUGCGGGCUCCACAGCUGCAGCUUUCUCAGGUCUUACCGUUGGAAGUGAACCAGGUGUCCUUAGGAAACUCUUAUAAACAACGCUGGAUUUUGUGACUGUUUC